AUGAAAUAUCAAAUUCCUAUGGAAUUAGCUGUUAACAAAGAUUGUAGAAAAACAUAAAGUGCCAAUAAAUGUAGAGGUGCAGAAUCACCAAAUAAAUUGUACUAAAACUUUACUCAUAAAAAUUCAAGUUAACCAAAAGUUGUGAAUCUCUUUCGAAGUUUUAUUUUUGACAAUUAUAUUUUAUAGAUCAUCCUAAUAGAUAUAACCAAUAUCUACAAACUUCAAUAGAUGUUCAUGAAAUAAACAAAUCUAAAAAAUCUGUAAGUUCUCAUUAAAGAGUCAAGACUGAAAUUGAUAAACCAAAUGACUUUAAUAAAAGAUUUUAUCCAAAUGAGAUCUAAAUGUUUUUAAGUAUUAAUUGAAAUUCAUAGGAUAGAUAAGGUUGAGAUACAAAAGAACAAGUUGAAUGUUUUAAAUAAGACUAUCACAAAUAAAGGUAAUCGAUUAUAGGCAGUUAAAGUUAAUUAAGGAAGGUUUCUUUUCUAUAUUAUAUAUAGUUUAUAGAGAAAUUUAUGAUUGCAAUAAUUCCAAGUAAUCUAGUUAACCAGAUCUUUAAGAUUAAAUACUUAGAAAGACCAAUAAUUAUUUAAGUAAAAAUUAUCUCAAAUAUAAGGAAAUAAUCGUAAUGGAUAAUCAACUCCAAAUAAUAUUGAUGAAAAUCCUUAAUUUAAUUACUUUUAACAUAAAAUAGAGUAUAGAAAUAGAAGAAGUAAUUAUACACGAUCAGAUGAUGUAACUCCAUUAAGAAGAUCUGUAUUUUAAUAGAUUCAAGAUUAUAGUGAUACAAAAUUAGAGUAUACAAACCAUUAUUAAAUUAUAGUUAAAUAAAUGUAACUAAGGAAGAGGAUAUAAUGCAAUUUUCAUUUGGUUUAUAAUAUAAUAAAUUGAGAGCUUUAAAAAGGUUUCCAAAAGAUAUAUUUUAUGGAGAUGUUCGAAAAGCUAAGAAAAAUUUACAAAUGUAAUGA